AUGUUCACUACUGUUAAAAAAGCAAAGUGCUAUCAGUUCCACGAUACUUCCUAUUUCCCAACAAACAUCACUGAUUCGGUACGACUGAAAGCAAUCGAGGAAAAUAAGUCUUUUAUGAAAGCAUCUAUGCCAGUGUAUAAAGUGGAGAAGAAUUUGAUCGAUCCGUUGCAUGAAAAGUACUUUGUAGAACCCAAAAUAAAAAUUGGGUUUCACGAUUAUUUCAAGGGAAUAGGCCAAUGGUCUGUAGCAGUUGUCGGAAACAGCUACGCAUUUUAUGCCUUUUCUGCUGUGGUGGAAGCUGCUCAUAAAAACGCAAAGGAAAUACGCCUUUUAGCUAACCAUCAAUGCCUACCAUUUUUUGAUGCCUGGAAAGGAGCUCCGAGUCUCCCUCUUCAAGAACAGUGCUCUAUAUACUUUGACACUACUGUCGCUCUUCUCAAUGAAAUGAAACCGGAUAUAAUUAUAUUGAUCUUCAGUUUACUUAUAAAGAGUUUUGAAAAAACGUUAGAGGAGCAGUUCGUAAAAAAAGAAGCACGAAAAACAAAGGAAGAUCUUAUGCCUACACAUUUGUUGAACAUUAUUUGCCGAGCAUUUGACCCAGAAAACCUGUUUUCGUUCUACGACUUUGGUCAACAUUUCAAUCAGUAUGCUAACAGGUGCUUCAGGAGGCUUUAUCGUGACACGUUUGACGAAAUGAUCGUAGAUUUUCAAACGUUUUACACUACAAACGCCUCUGCUUUCUCCUCAAAAAUGAUAUUAUGUUGGGUAAUAGAUGUAUCUCAAUACUGCCAUUGUCACAAAUGUCACAUUCGUUACCCCUUGACAGAAUUCAUAUCUUUGCAGCUGUACAACAAAAUGGAAAAAUGGCAAGGGGAUUCUUGUACCUCCAGAAUCGAGAUUUACAAUUAUUGCGCACCGGCAACAGUGAUAAAUAAUCUUAAACAGAUGGAUCAAGAGAGAAAAAAGGAUUCACCUCACCCAAAGAUCAACUGUAUUUUUUACACGCAUACUAACGACGCUACAAACCGAAAGGCCGAAAGAAUCUGGAGUUACCAGAUGUAUUUUAUAGUCGAAGAAUAUAAAGUGCUUACUGUACCACGACAAUUUUCUUUCGUAAAGUCAAAAACUUUCUUUUAUCGCAAAACCAUUACAGUUGCUCAAAACGUUAAAGACGUCGCUAUUGUUACCUCAAUAUGUACACAGGAAACAAGCUUCAAAAAAACAUUAAAAGAGAACACAAUGCAGCGAAAAACUACAAACGACGAACCUGAUAAGAAGGUGCUAACAGGUAGUGAUUUUGAAAUUUUUUCUGCUUUUAUACCAGAGCUCACAGAGACAAAGAUAGAGUGA